AUGUAUCGGAACGUUUGGAUGCGUUCCGUGAAAUGGUUGGCAUUUGUGGCCACACCUGUUAUACUCUUAAUUGUCGGCACAACUGGUCAUUCAAGUUCAUCAUUACCACCAGUAAUUAGACACCCUGGGACCUGUACAUUUGAACGUUCCCAAUCAGCAUGUACAUUUAGUUUAUUAUGUUAUUUAGCCGGUGGUGUUCCUAUGGAGGGCUGUGGGGGUGACUUUUCAGUUACAUGUUGUAUGCUUUACAACUCUCAUCAAAUGCAUUACCCAACGUUAUCACCGCCACAGUCAUCACCGGCUCCGCCAUCAUAUCAUUCACAACAUAGUCCAUCACAUAAAAGUUAUGUGACCUCUCAAUCGCACAUUUUUGAAAGUCAUGACUUUCCUUAUUCAAUGGUCAGAACAACGCCUCCCACUAAUGAUUUUACAGACAUUGAUCAAAACGCUAUCCGAAGAUCUCGACCGGAAUCACCAUUUAAGCCCAUCUUUCGGGAGGUUUCCAGAAAAGCUUACGCAAGAAAUCUUCACGACGACAUUUGUGGUCGUCCGUCAGCCAAACCAUUGAAUCGUAUAAUUGGAGGACAGGACGCAUACUUCGGUGAAUUUCCCUGGCAGGUUCACAUCAAGAUAACAAAACACCAGUGCGGGGGUGCUUUAGUCAACCAACAAUACAUAGUAACGGCAGCCCAUUGUAUAUAUCAAGCUCCAUUGCCGCAAUUGAAUGUAAUAAUAGGAGCGCAUGAUAUAGAGGACCAGCGUUUUCAGGACAUACCGGCGCAGUUUUUUGGGGUCACUCACGUCAAACUUCAUCCUAACUUUCGGUUCUCAGCCUCACAUCCGGAUCGAUACGACAUUGCAGUGUUACGUCUGGACCGACCCGUCCGGUAUAACGAUAACGUAUUGCCUGUAUGUUUACCACAACCAGGAUUUCGUUAUGAGGGCUGGUAUGGUGUCGUUACCGGUUGGGGUAAAACAGAUCCAGCACUGAGUAACAGAUAUGGUACUCGACUCCUUCAAAAAGUAGACGUUCCCAUCAUUGAUAAUGAAGAAUGUGAACAAUGGCACCGAACUCGAGGAAUUGAUUUAAGGAUAUUUCCUGAGAUGAUGUGUGCCGGCUAUGAGGACGGUCGUAAAGAUGCCUGUGUUGGCGAUUCUGGCGGUCCUCUAGUGAUCAACACAAACGGCAGAUGGACUUUGGCCGGCAUAACAUCAGCCGGAUUUGGUUGCGCUCAGUCCAGACAACCGGGCAUUUAUCACAGGGUUUCCCACACUGUAGACUGGAUUAUCGAUAAUAUUAAAAAUUAG